AUGAUCCUCCUAACGGCACUUUUGUGCCUCCUAAGCCUCACCCUCACCACAGCCCUAACCACCAACAGAACCCACCCCUUCUCCCUCCCCUCAACAUGGGGCAAUCUCUCCCCCUACACCCCAAGCCCCGGCUUCGGAAUUCCCCCAGGCACCCCGCAACAAUGCCAACUAACGCAAGCACACAUCCUCCACCGGCACGCACAACGCUAUCCAACCUCGUACCUCCUCGACGCCGACAGCAUGGAAUCCUUCGCCCAGAAGCUGCAGAACUACACACAGUCACACCCAAACAGCACCCUCGCCACCGGCCCUCUCUCCUUCCUCAAUAAAUGGCGCUAUCUCAUGGGCACAGAAGCCCUCCUCCCCACCGGCGCCGCAACGGAAGCCACCUCCGGUGCGUUCCACUGGUCUCGCUACGGACGGGUGUUGUAUGAUGCCCCGGCUGGCAUGGCGGAUUGGAGUAAUGAGUUGAAUGUCUGGCCUAAUGGCACGAGGAGGGAUAAGCCCAUGUUUAGGACGACGAGUCAGGCGAGGAUUUUGGAGAGUGCGAGGUGGUGGUUGAGCGGCUUCUUCAGCAACAUCGCAGCCAACAGCUCAUCCGAUAACUACGACCUGGUCAUUAUCCCAGAGGGAGAUGGGUACAAUAAUACCCUGUCAGGAAGUUGUCCAAACGGAGACACUUCCGAAGGCGACGACUCCGCCGAACAAUUCCUAAAAACAUACACACCCCCCAUAAUCACCCGCCUCUCCGCCUACCUCCCACCCUCAAUAACUUUAACCCCGCUCGACAUCCUCAGCAUGCAAAACCUCUGCGCAUACGAAACCGCCGUGCUGGGCUCCUCCUCCUUCUGUUCCCUGUUCACGCCCUCCGAAUGGGAAUCCUACGCAUACAUCCUCGAUCUGCAAUUCUACGGGGAUUACGGGUUCGGUUCACCCUCCGGUAGAGCGCAGGGUAUUGGAUAUGUGAUUGAGCUUGCGGCUCGCCUACAGGGGAAGCUUAUAACCGAGCAGGUUGCCAACGUUAAUAUCACGUAUGAUAGUAAUAAGGACACGUUCCCGUUACAUCAGCCGCUGUAUCUUGAUAUGUCGCAUGAUGAUGUGAUUGUUUCGGUGUUGGCUGCGCUCGGGGUGGAGUAUUUUAAUAUUGGGGACGGGGAUGGGAUGAAGGGGGAUAUCAGUCCUAACGAAGUGCCCCUGAAUAGGACGUUCAGGUUGAAUCAUAUUGCGCCGUUCGGGGCCAGGUUUGUUACCGAGGUGUGGAGGUGUGAGGAGGCUUCUUCUGCUGAGGAGAUUGUGGUGGAUGUUGGGGGUGGGGAGGUGGUUUAUGAGAAUGAAGUGGUGAAGGAGGGUCAGGGGAGGGAGUUUGUGAGGUGGGUGUUGAAUGAGAUGCCGGUUCCUGUUGAUGGGGUGUCUGGGUGUGAAGAGGAUGCGGCGGGGGCGAAUGGGUUUUGUGCCCUGGAGGGGUUCUUGAAUGGGGUGGGCAAGAUGCAGGAGUUGGCGGCGUUUGAGGAGGCGUGUAUUCAGGGGGCGGAGAGUGGUGGGGGGCAGGUUGGGGAUGGGAGGCCUUAG